AAUAAGUGGUGUUCAAUGUUGUGUGCACAUGACAGUAGUCGGAGCGAAAUGGUGAUUAUGUCAAAACAUUCUACCGAAGUGGCCCAGUUUUCCUCGCCAGGAACGAAAGCGUGAAUGUUUAUUGAGAAGAUGGCGCGGAACACUAAGAAAAAGUUGGCGAUAUUCGCCGGGACGUCCAAGUGUUUGAUAUACGCAGAAGCAAAAUAUUGUGCCUCUGAAAUGCCUGGAGAAAUAAAAUACUAUGAGUGUUCUAGAACGGAAUAUUGUUGCGGUAUUGGUUGUUGCGUGUCGCCUGGAUUACACUUCCAUCAUUUAUGGUAUUACUGGAUACUGGUUAUAAUCAUGUUCCUGGUGUGUUCCGGCGUUGGUUGGUGGUAUCGAUAUUGGUUGCAAAGGAGAUACAGAACAGCCGCGUCGGCUAUACCAAAUAGAGCUUCCAAUCCACGGGCUCACAAUUCUAUUCGAGGGCCAACUUGUCAGGGUCAGAGGGCACGCAUCACCUAUAAUUCGGCUCGAAACACCGUGUUAUUACACCGUAUGUGGAAAGGUCCUCAGAGGAAUGGAGCAGUGCCCGCGUACAACGGUAACGCGACUACUUCGUCGCACUAUCAUAACAUGAACGUCGUGUUGAACGACGCGAACUGCCCGUAUGAUCAAUUGUACGGUCCACCGCCGAGUUACGAAACUGUGAUAGCCCAGACACGCGGUAAGAUAUCAAAUCCAGCGUCGCCUGAAUCGUCGGGGGCUAGGAUCAACGGGCAGUCGCCGAGCGUUCUGUCGAACCCUGCCGCACCGCAAUGCUUCUCGUACGCGUGUACACCGUCGACCAGACUGAACGCCGGUAUGGAGCAGAACGCCCAAUAUCAGAGCGGGAACGCGAGCCCCCGACAUAUCGACAACCCGGAGGCGAUUCCGUUCGCACGUUUUCCGCCCUAUUGCCUCGGGGACGGACCGAUCAGGCAGAACGUAUGUGUUCCUUUCAAUUACCAGGAACAGCCUUUCGUUCCUGGGGAUAGUUUCGCCCGUGUAUAUCAAGGUACCUCCACGAACUAUGCUUCCUAUCCGAUGGACAAGUCGUCGGAUACUUCGGACCCGGAGAAUCAAAGUUACGAAGUGCCGAGGAUGGAAAGGUACAUGAUGGUGAAUAUCGAUUGUACAGCGGGUAGUAGCGGAGAGCAGAGCGUCUGGGAGUCGAGCGAUCGAUCGAUCUCCAAGGUGCACGGUAGACUGGAGAUAGGCGGGAGCGAGGGACUCGAGGAUAACGGUCGUGAACAUCAGCGACGAAACGCGACGGAUACCGCCUCGGGAUUGUUCGCGAUACGCGAAACCGAGGAGAAUUGCGCGAACGACUCGGAAUCCACGAUGAAUUCAUCGGAGGACUUCGAAUCCGAGUUCUCGAGAAGCCGUCGGGUGUACGGUGGAUCUUUGAAGGCGACCGGCAGGUACGCCGGUAACGCUAAAUGCGAGGAAUAUUCCGUUCAAAGGGCUUUCUCGAAAACUAUGCCCCACUCCUGCGAGGGACUUAUCAAUACAGAGCCAGCGACAGCAAUCAUCUGCGUGUCCCGCGACAACGCCAGUCCUCUAGAAGAAGACACGGCCGACGCCAGCGCGAGUUCUUUCCAAUCAAAUCCAUCCAGCAAUGUGAUAUUAGAGUCUUUCGUUUCCGAUGGCGCAUCGUCCUCGACGGAGUACGCCGAGAACGAGCGGGAACGCCGUUCAUGUCUCGCCAAUGCCAGUACAAAUAUUGAUUUUGAAAGUAAACAUAGAUUAGACAGAUCGAAAUCGUUGGACUGAGCACCGUGCGAGUACUUAUUCUUGUAUACCACAAUACCGUACGAUUAUUCUCGCGUGUAUUCCGUUAAACCUACGAUCGUUCCGGCCGACGACGCCGAACACGUUCCAUCCCGCGAUCGAUGUAAAGAGACGAGCGCCAGUAUUAUUUUUUUAAAUGGGAUUCCUCCGAUUAUCGAUGUACACUUGUCGAGUUU